AUGAACAGCGCAGUACAAGGGAAACCUGGUCCCUCAAUGGAAAUUGACGGGUCGGACUCGCGGCCUUUGACUCGGCAAUUCCUCAACGAUGGCCCUGAUCAUCUGAACACCCGAUCAGACGGUGGUAUCGGACAUCGAGUACAGGCUAGUCGAUCGGUGCUGGCUCUGGUCAUAGACGAUGAAUGUGUUUUUGCUGGGUUACAAGGAGGAGAUAUUGUGGCAUGGUCUCUCGAGACAUAUGAACUUGUGCUCUCUGUUCACGCUCAUCAAGAAAGUGUCCUGGGCCUUCAUCUGUCCGAGGAUGGCGACCUUCUCUUCUCCAGUGGUGGAGAUUCCGUCAUCAAUGUCUGGUCGACGAGGACUUUUGAUCGACUAUUUUCGAUCCAUUCUCAUCACGAUGUGGGCGAUAUCUUCUCCGUGGCGUACUCGUCAAGCCUGAAGACGAUCUAUUGCGGAGGUCAAAAUACUAGCAUUCAGUGGUGCGACCUCGCCAAAACAGAUGCAGUCUCGACCAAGCAGUCAGCCGCUCAUCUGUCGAAGCGCACGCACCGGUUCUUUGAUUCCCGGGGGCCCGAUGGGACACGCGCACCCCGGCCGGACGCGGGUGCUGAUGGCGUACGGGCAGUCAUCCAAGGGGGUCAAGUCCUGACCUUCAAACGCGACCAUCACAAACUCUUCUCGCAUCAUGGAUACAUCUACACCAUGCUUCUUGUCCGAGGCUUGCUUGAAUCAUCGCCUACGGAGGAGGUGCUUCUGACGGGCGCCGGCGACGGCGUGGUCAAACUGUGGCGUUUGGACCAGGACGAGGCGCCGUCUGAAAUGGCAGCGCUCGAGAACGGGGAUCCGGUUCUUGCGCUGGCCGUCGACGGAUCGUUUCUCUAUUGUGGCCUUUCCGGGGGUGCGCUAAACAUUUGGAAUUUGGACUCGCGCCAGUUGGUGAAACGCAUCACCGGACAUACGGGCGACUUAUGGGCGGUCGAUAUUGUUCAAGGAUUGGUGGUUUGUGGUGAUUCGAAUGGAGUCAUCAAGAAAUUUAAUUCUCGAUUUGAAGAAGUGGGCAGCUGGAUUGCUCACGGAGGAACGAUGCUGGCGUCUGCAGCCGGUCGAUUCAAGGACCGGCUCAUCUACGCCAGUGGAGGCAAUGACAACACAGUGGGCAUCUGGGAUUUGACGGAGGUGUCUAGCAAGCAGGAUGAGCUGGCACCGAUCAAUAACGACGAAAUGGUCAACUGCCUUGCCCGAUUCGUCGCCUUCAAAACAGUCUCGGCCAGCCCGAAGUUCGCUGGGGAGUGCAAUCAGGGAGCGGCAUUCCUCCGACGACACUGCAUCUACUUGGGGGCGAAAACGAAGCUCCUGCCUACGGGACAAGACACAAACCCGAUUGUGUACGCACGAUUCGGCGCCAACUCGCCCGAUAAAGUCGACAAGACUAUUCUGUUCUAUGGCCAUUACGAUGUCGUGGGUGCGGAUGCCAACCGAACCAAGUGGAACACCGAUCCGUACCAGCUGGCAUCCAUCGAUGGCUUUUUGUACGGCCGUGGAGUUUCGGACAACAAAGGGCCUAUCCUGGCGGCAUUGUAUGCGGCUGCGGAUCUGGCACGGCAAAAGGCGCUUCCUUGCAACGUUGUUUUCCUUAUCGAGGGCGAGGAGGAGUCAGGCUCGCAAGGUUUCCACGAGACCAUCCGACAACACAAGCCGGAAAUUGGACCGGUUGAUUGGAUUCUACUGGCCAACAGUUACUGGCUCGACGAUUACAACCCCUGUUUGACAUACGGCCUGCGGGGUGUGGUGCAUGCCAAUCUGAUCGUCACCAGCGACCACCCCGAUCUCCACAGCGGCAUUGACGGUAGCGCAUUGCUGGAUGAGCCCUUGAAGGAUCUGUCGAUGCUGCUGGCCAGCUUGGUGGGCCCUAAAGGGCGGGUCAAUAUCCCAGGCUUCCACGGCCUUGUCCUUCCCUUGACGGAGGCCGAGAAGCAGCGAUUCGCAGACGUAGCGAGGAUUCUGCUACCGCAGCACCCUGAAAUCACCGACUGCGAUGCGCUCAUCAACUCGUUGAUGCACCGGUGGCGGGAGCCAUCUCUCACCAUCCAUUCCGUCGAGGUACCCGGAAGCAGCAAGGCGUCGACGACCACCAUCUCGCGCAAAGCCAAAGCCAGCCUCUCGAUCCGAGUCGUCCCGAAUCAAGAAGCAGACGAGGUGGCCGCCAACCUCACCCUGUACGCGCAGGAGCAAUUCGACAAGCUGGAGUCGCAGAACGACCUCACGGUAGAAAUCACAGGCAAGUCGGAUCCCUGGCUCGGCGAUCCCGACAACGAGAUCUUCGAGACCCUCUCGGAAGCGAUCACCGCAGCCUGGAGCCGGGACCACACCAGCCAGAAACACCAGUACCCGCCGCUGCAGCGCGCCGCCAAGCGCAAGGACUCGCCGGGACUCGCGCGCACCGACUCCUCGGACAGCCUGGCCUCGCACAUCGACCGCAUCAUCAUGUCGACGACGACCUCGUCGGCAGGCAAGAGCAAGGCCCGCCAGCGCACUGCCCUCAGCACCACGGUGCCCACCUCGUCCACGCUGACGAGCAAAUCGGGCGCCAUCGCCUCGCCAGACGCGAGCGGGGACUCCUCGUCCGACGAGAAGCUUGCAGCCACUGCCAGCGAGCCGGUCGCUACCCGUCCAUCAGUCCAGCCGAUCUUCAUCCGCGAGGGCGGAUCGAUCCCCACGAUCCGGUUCUUGGAAAAGGAAUUCUCAGCGCCGGCGGCCAACCUGCCCUGCGGCCAGGCGAGCGACAACGCGCAUCUGUACAACGAGCGGCUGCGGGUGGAGAAUCUGUACAAGAGCCGGGAGAUCUUCCAGUAUGUGUUUGCGCGGUUGCCGGAGCGGCGUCCCAGCUAG